CCCCCCCCCCCCCCUCUCUCUCUCGCACCUUCGUACUUCCUGCAGUCGUGUCAAGCCUCAAUCAACAGGGGAGAGGAGCGCGCCGGCUGCGUGCGUCGUAUGCACGCGCUGUCUCGCGCGCCUCGUCCGCUGCCGCUGCUGCUGCCUCGGCUCGCGCGUGCGGCGGCGAUGGGGAAGUCAUCGUCGUCAUCGGCGGCGGCGGGGAGGGACCCGAGCGGGAACCCGACGGUGGGGAGGCUGCGGGAGCUCUUCCGGGGCGGCGGCGACGCGGCAGAUGGCUGGGAGAAGUCAUGGGAAUCUGGCGUAACCCCAUGGGAUUUGGGGAAACCAACACCUAUUAUCGAGCAUCUUGUUAAGUCAGGAUCUCUCCCCAAAGGAAGAGCUUUGGUUCCAGGAUGCGGCAUGGGAUAUGAUGUGGUUGCCCUGGCAAGCCCUGAGCGAUUUGUUGUUGGCUUAGAAAUUUCUAAUAUCGCUACCGAGAAGGCUAAGAAGUGGUCAUCAUCUUUGCCCAAUGCAGAUUGUUUUACUUUUCUGGCUGCCGAUUUCUUCAAGUGGAGACCAAGCGAACCAUUUGACCUUAUUUUUGAUUACACGUUCUUUUGUGCACUCGAUCCGAGCUUGAGACUGGCUUGGGCAGAGACGGUCACUCGCCUUCUGAAACCAGAUGGAGAGCUUAUCACCUUGAUAUAUUUGAUCAGUGAUCCAGAAGGGGGGCCACCAUACAAUAAUACAGUUGCUGACUAUGAGAAGGUACUGGAACCGUUGGGUUUCAAGGCUGUUCUUAUGGAAGACAAUGAGCUAGCUAUUAAACCGCGCAAGGGUUUUGAGAAACUUGGAAGGUGGAGGAGAUGCGGCCCACAAUCUUGUCUAUGAUAUUAACAGACAGAGAUUAUGUGGUUUCUUUAAUGAAAGCCGGGGAAAUUCCCUUCUUUCAAAAAAGAAAAUAAAAAAUAGCAGACAGAGAUGCCCCUAGCUUUAGGAUGUGUGUUGGGUUAGCUUUAGUUUUAGUCCAAGUGUAAAAAAAUUCUGGUGUAGGCCUGGUGGAGCAUUUAUUGUUUGUACAAAACUGAUUGCUGUGAGAACUUUUGUGUUACGAAUAAGCCCGUAAAUGAGAUAGGUGUUCUAAAGCUUA